AUCUUUCUCUAUAUAUACCUAUCCAACUUCUCUUCUCCAACUUACACCAACAACAAAGAAGAAGAAGAAGAACAAAAACCUUCUUUUUCAAUCGUUUUAAGUCUUUCUCUCAUUUUCUUUGAAGUAAAAGAUCAAAUGGCUCACCACCAUUCUAAUGAAGAAGGUGGCUCUAUUGGAACUUCCUUGCAUGGAGUCACAGCAAAGGAGCAAGUCUUCUCCUUCUCUGUACAAGACGAAAGUGGCCCUUCCUCCUCUCGAGCCGUCCGGUCAGAUGUUACAAUGGCUAAGUUUGCCUUACCGGUGGAUUCGGAGCAUAGGGCAACAGUGUUCAAACCAUUAUCAUUCGCUAAACCACACAUGAGAGCUUUCCAUUUAGGAUGGAUCUCUUUCUUCACUUGCUUCAUCUCCACCUUCGCGGCUGCACCUCUAGUCCCUGUCAUCCGUGACAACCUUGACCUGACCAAAACUGACAUCGGAAAUGCCGGGGUUGCUUCUGUUUCCGGUGCCAUUUUCUCAAGACUCGCUAUGGGGGCUGUAUGUGACUUACUAGGGGCACGUUACGGGACUGCCUUCUCUCUUUUGCUCUCGGCUCCGGCUGUUUUCUCCAUGUCGUUUGUAGCUGAUGCGGGAAGUUACUUAGCCGUGCGGUUCAUGAUUGGUUUUUGCUUAGCGACGUUCGUGUCAUGCCAAUACUGGACAAGUGUUAUGUUCACCGGAAAGAUUAUAGGACUCGUUAACGGAUGUGCCGGAGGGUGGGGAGAUAUGGGAGGCGGAGUGACUCAGCUACUCAUGCCAAUGGUCUUUCACGUCAUCAAACUCGCCGGAGCCACUCCCUUCACCGCAUGGAGGUUCGCUUUCUUCAUUCCGGGCAUACUUCAGAUCCUUAUGGGCAUUCUUGUCCUCACUCUUGGCCAAGAUCUCCCUGAUGGUAACCUUAGUACCCUCCAAAAGAGUGGACAAGUUUCCAAAGACAAAUUCUCAAAGGUGUUCUGGUUUGCUGUGAGGAACUAUAGAACAUGGAUCUUAUUCGUUCUCUAUGGAUUCUCUAUGGGAGUUGAAUUAACGAUUAACAAUGUUAUAUCUGGAUACUUCUACGAUAGGUUUAACCUUACACUUCACACAGCUGGUAUUAUAGCAGCCAGCUUUGGUAUGGCAAACUUCUUUGCUCGUCCCUUUGGUGGUUACGCCUCAGAUGUAGCUGCAAGGCUCUUCGGCAUGAGGGGACGGUUAUGGAUCUUGUGGAUCUUACAAACUGUUGGAGCUCUCUUUUGCAUCUGGCUCGGCCGUGCUAGUUCACUUCCUAUAGCUAUCUUAGCCAUGAUGCUCUUUUCCAUUGGCACACAAGCUGCUUGUGGAGCACUCUUUGGUGUUGCCCCUUUUGUCUCCCGCCGUUCUCUGGGACUUAUCUCGGGAUUAACUGGCGCUGGUGGAAAUUUCGGGUCCGGAAUUACUCAACUUCUUUUCUUCUCCUCGUCGAGGUUUACUACAGCUGAAGGACUAUCAUUGAUGGGUGUUAUGGCUGUCGUGUGUUCCCUUCCCGUGGCGUUUAUACAUUUUCCUCAGUGGGGAAGCAUGUUCUUGAGGCCAUCGCAAGACGGAGAGAAAUCAAAGGAGGAGCAUUACUAUGGCGCGGAAUGGACAGAGGAAGAAAAGAGCUUAGGACUACACGAGGGAAGCAUCAAGUUUGCUGAAAACAGCCGGUCAGAGAGAGGUCGUAAGGCGAUGUUGGCCGAUAUUCCAACACCAGAGGCUGGAUCUCCAGCUCAUGUCUAGUGAAAGGAUAGUCACAUUACAUCUUUUUCCACAUAUAAAUAACCCUCAAAAGCUAGCUUUAUAUUUCCUUGUUUUAUGUUCCUCUUAUGAGAUGUACCGUGUAAGAUCCUAACUUGAUAAGUAAGGUUCAGUGAGCCCGGUGCUCAUGAUGUACAAUGUCGUUUUGAUAAAAAGGCUUAUGCAUCAAAUUUUCUCUCUGUUCUAUUCAAAGCCAUGUCUUUUAAGAUCUCCCAAAAUCAAACUUUUCAGUUAAAGAAUCCAUCAAUUAUUGAAAAAGAGACGAGUGUUUUAGGCACAACUAGGCAUACCUUAAAGAGUCUACAUGAGGAACGUCUUUCUU